AUGCUCACGGCCGACGCCAAGGCAUUGGCACAGGCGCUGGCGGUCGCCGAGCUGCAGCUGCGGGGCCCUGCAAUGCCCGAGUUUCGCGCGGGACCUGUCACGCCGGCACAUGCAGCCGCUGCGGCCGGCAGCACUUCAGGCGAAUUGGCCGCGGAUGAUCUCCUGCACCUGCUGAGUCAGCACCUACCCUCCAUCCAGCACCAGCUCCAGGCCCGUCAGCACUCGCAGCACCUGCAGCAGCACCAGCAGUCGCUGCCGGUGGAGCCAGCCGCGCCCUCCGCGCCCAUGCUGCUGCCGCCGGCGUCGCAGCCGCAGAAUGCGGCCGCGGCUGUGGGCCUGGGUUUGAGCGCGAACCUGGCGCGUCUGCUGGCAGGUGACCAAUUGGAGGCGCUUCUUUCUGUGGCUGCACAGCUGCCGCCGCAGCAGCACCAGCACCAGCAGCGGCAGAACCAGCACUCGGCAGCGCAGCGCUCCCUGCUGUCAGCCGCCGCGCCCGCGCUCAGCGCAGCGCCCUCGCUGCUUCUCGCCGCGGGCAUGCCGGCGGCGGCCUCCGCCCACCCCCAUGAUGACGGAGUCGUCGCUCUGGCGCUGCAGGCGCGCCUGCUGCUGGUGCAGCAGCAGGCGCAGCAGCACGCGCAGCAGCACGCGCUGGAGCAGCAGGCGCUGGAGCUCGAGUUGGCGCGCCAGCGGCGGCAGCACAUCGCGCGCCUGCAGCUGCAGCAGCUUGAGGCGGCCAGCCAGCUGACUCAGCUCGGGCUCGGGCCGCUCGCGACAGCGGCGCCGCCGGUGGCGGCGCCGGCAGUAAACGCCAGCGACGCCGCUGCGGCGGCGGGCACUGUGGGCGGCCGGGACGGCAGCGGCGGCGACGACGGCUACAGCACCGGGGUGAGCGUGCGGGGCGCGUGCGUCGACCCCGAAAGCUGA